AUGUCGUCUCUGUUACCGGCAUGGUGCCCCCCUUACUCCAGUACGAAAGUGGAUCCUGUUACGGGAGUGGACGUUUACUGUAUCUGCAAGAAACCCGAUGAAGGCGAGCUGAUGGUCGGUUGUGACGGCUGCGAUGAUUGGUUCCACUUCAAUUGCAUGAAGAUUCCGACAAAGUACCAGAAGCUUGUUUCGCACUUCUAUUGCCCGUACUGUCAAGCCGGCAUCACGGGGCAAAACCGUGAUUCCGAGAGCGAGCUGCCUCGGACUCUUUGGAAGAAGAAGUGCAGGGUAGAGCUGUGCUAUGAACCCUGCAUGCAUGAAAGCAAGUACUGUUCUGAGGAACACGGUAUGGAGUACGUGAAGGGGAUGGUCGACAAACUGAACUUAACUGGGACGAAAGACGGGGACAAGCGACUGCUCAGGUCCAUGGUUCAUUCUUCCAAUGGCAGUGCCGAUAAGUUUUCGAAUCUUGGGGGAGCUCAUUACAUAGAUGACGAUAUCCCACCGGAGGCAAUGGACAAGGGAUUGUUUGAUACGCUGCUUACCAACGACUCGAAAUUGAAUGACCUGUUACAGAGUUUACAAGAGUGUAAAUUGAAGACGUACCCUGAAUUAAAGCAAAAACUGGAAUCCCUUCAGAGUUACAUUGCGUUUUUAGACAAGUUGAACGAGAAACUGAACGAGCAGGGACCAGAUACAGAACCAAUUGCGAACUUGGAGGCAGAACGCAAGACUACAAAGUCCAGAAAGGGCAAAAAGAAAUCCAGCAAACAAAACAGAGCGCUUGCGAAGAAGACCAUAUGCGGAUACACUCCCGACUUCGACCGAGAACACCCAUCCGUAAAAAGCUUCCUGUUCGAGUACCACACUGCUGUCGCCGCUUCCGGCAGCGAGAAGGAACCAAAACCGCCAGUUCUCCACGACAUUUGCAUCAAAAUGAAAUGCGUCAGGCACGCAGACUGGGCGGUGAUCUGCAUGGACCAACUGAAGCAGCAGAUGAGGUCUCUCGAGAGCUACAAAGAGAGGCUGGACUUGCUGGUAAAGACACGAAAGAGACAGCUGCAUCUACAGUACUACCAGCAAUUGGCGGACCAGUUGCCCGCGAAAGCGGCAGAAGACACGACACCACAAGAGAUAACAAGCACGCCGGAGCAACCGGACGAGGCAGUAGCUACCCAGCAGCAUCACCAGCAUCAGCAUCCACAGUCUACUUAA